GGGAGGGCCCUGGCGUGGCUUCCGGCUUCCGGCGGAGUGCUGGGUUGUAGCUUGCAGCCGUCAUGGCAGCCGAGGAGAAGGACCCGCUGAGCUAUUUCGCGGCGUACGGGAGCAGCAGCUCAGGCUCCUCGGACGAGGAGGAUAACAUCGAGCCGGAGGAGACAAGUUGCAGAACCCCGGAUCCGGCGAAGUCGGCGGGCGGCUGUAGGGACAAGGCGGAGAAGCGGCUCCCGGGACCCGACGAGCUGUUUAGGAGCGUGACUCGCCCGGCCUUUCUCUACAAUCCGCUCAACAAGCAGAUAGACUGGGAGAGGCACGUCGUCAAAGCACCUGAGGAGCCUCCAAAGGAAUUCAAAAUAUGGAAGUCAAAUUAUGUACCACCUCCUGAGACCUACACCACUGAGAAGAAGCCUCCACCUCCAGAGCUUGACAUGGCAAUAAAAUGGUCUAACAUAUAUGAGGACAAUGGUGAUGAUGCCCCACAGAAUGCUAAGAAAGCUAGGCUUCUACCAGAAGGAGAGGAGACAUUGGAAUCAGAUGAUGAAAAAGAUGAGCAUACUUCUAAAAAGCGCAAAGUAGAGCCAGGAGAACCAGCAAAGAAGAAAAAGUAGAAAACAAAUGACCAGAAUUUCUGAACUGCUAAACUUACUGAAAUGUUUCUUUGGGCAAAUUAAGCUGGUAUUGUGGGUUAUUAUCACGUUUCCAUGAAAAUACAUACGUUAAUGAACUAAUAAGUAUUGCCUCAAGAACGUUCCACUGUAGAACAUUUUUUAUUUAAAACAUAUAUGUAUUUAAAACUCAACUGGUGACUUGUGAUUGUGAAAUUGAUACUUGGAUGCAUUCUUACUCUCACAUAAUUAGUGACAUGCUUUGAGAGUUUUGUCACAUGUUGACAUGCCAAUGUUCUAUAAACCUUUUAUAAAGGAAAAUAUUUUUAAAGUAAAUAUAUUGUAAUGUACUGUGAACUUGUAGGGUGCUUUUCAACAAUCUUUGUACAGUGUAAAUAGAUCAUGGAAAUAAAAUUACUUAUUCAAUAUUACUAUUACUGCAUAACAUUAACAUUUGAAUGUUUGUCUGUGACAAGUACCCUAUUUGCUGUGUGACAUUUUAAGUUGUAAUAAGAGGUAUUACCAUUUAAAGAGUGCCUCCUGUGUUCCAGGUGCUUUGUGAAUACGUUUUCUCUGAUCCUUAAAUAACCUAGCACGAUAUUAUUAGUAUUCUCAUUUUAUAAUAAAGAAUGCUUGAGUAGCUUGUCUAAUGUUA